AUGGUUCUUGAAAGGUUUAAAUUGUUCGGUGCAUCAGCACUUUUUACUAGUCUAGAGAAACGAAAUAUUCUCAUUUAUAUCAUUGGUAUAAUGCUAUAUAAAUUUGGUGUAGAAGCAUUUAAUGGUGCCAUUGUUACACUUGCUACAAAUCGUUAUGAUCAAGAUGCAUACGAAACUGUUACAUUAACACGUACAUUUCAAAGCGUUGGAUUACUUAUUGGUCUUAAUCAAGCAUCACAAUGUAUUGGUUCAAUGUUAAUUGGUCCACUUAUUAAACGUUGUCGAACACAAAUGGUUCUUUCAGCAACAAUAUUUAUUUUUGCAUUAUCAACAGCCAUUUUUAUGGUAAUUGAUGUUAUAACUGGUGGAAGUAUAAAACCAAAAGGUUUUGUAGCAAAACAUAAAAAUGAUUUUAGUUAUUAUGGUGAUUAUCGUACUGAUAUAAUUAUACCAAUCUAUUGUCUAUCGGGUGUAACAUUUGGAAUGGUUGAAUCAAUUCGACGUGUUAUUCCAGCUAAUAUUGUUGGUGAUAAUAUUGUUAAAUUACGAAAAAUGAAUGCUUUAGUUCAUAUUUUUUAUGAAAUUGCUGGUGUUAGUGGAGCAUUAACAACUGCUCUUGUAUUAAUUCCACAUUUAGGAAAUAAUCAUGCAUUUAUUAUAACACCUGUUUUAUUUGUUACAUCAGGUUUAAUUUGGUUAUUCAUUCAUUCCGUUCAAAAUAAGAUAGAUAUUGACGAAAAUGAAAUUUCAACACAUUUAAAAAAAACAAAAGUAAAUUAUUUCAAAGCAAUUGCUUUAACACUUUUCUCUUUUCUACAAUCAAUUUAUACUGGUGCAAAAAUUGUUUUUACUAGUCGAAAAUUUAUUUGGUUAUUUGCUGUUUAUCCAUUAGCUGUUUAUUCACAUAGAUAUAUUGAAAAUAGUAUUGCUCCACAAGUUGCACAACGUUUUUUACAAAAUUCAGAUUGGUCACAAAUACUUGUUGGUGGUUCUAAUCUCGGAGAAUUGUUUGGUGCUCUAUUUGUUUUUUAUUUUAAUGAUACAAUGAAAAGUCCGAUAUUAUGGGUACGAUUAGAUGCAUUAAUGUUAUUUGUUAUAUGGUAUAUUCCAUUUUAUCAUCCUCCUAUUGAUCAAAUUAAAUAUGCUUGGAUAAUGUCAGCAUCAUUAGUUCCAAUUGGAUUUGCUUCAGCUGUUGGUGAUAUAUCUCUUGAUGCUUAUAUUCAAUCUUCUUUAACACGUCUUGAAUCUAAACAUAAAAAUAUAUCACCAUUAGGAGCAGUUAUGGCAUUUCUUUAUUCAACAUAUAUUAUUAUCUAUUCAAUUGCAAACCCACUUCUUGGUAGACAUAUUGAUUAUGUUUAUAAUACACGUGGAACUGUUCAAUCUGCACUUAUUUAUACAGCGGCUGUACCAUUAACAAUUACUGUUAUAGUAAUGUUUGCUGCAACAUUUAUUCCAAAAGGUGCUAUUGCAUUUAAUCCAGUAUUGAUUGAUGAAGAUGAAUCCAUUAUUACGAAUGAUAAUAAAGAAAAAUUAAAUAUGAUAUCUAAUACAAAUAUUGAUCAUGAUAAGAUUCAAAAGCAAGAUAUUUGA